UGUACUACGAGAACCCAGCGAUGGCCAACGACUCAAUUCCAUUUUUGCGCCUUUUCCUCGUGUAUAAUAGAUGUACUGCUGGAAAUGUCGUCCGUUUCCAGUGAAUCUGUCCGUGCAUUGCCUCCGCGGGAUCUGUUCACAUGGCGCCCUCUAGCGACUGACCGUUCGGUGCAGCGAGAUACCUGACACUACAGUUCACACAGAGUAACUCUAUUUACUUCCCACACAAAAGAACGGGAUAACUAAUCAAACUUUUAUGCACCUCUGAAGAACAAGCGAUUUUGCGUGCGCGCUCUUUGGCCGUUGAACCCAAAUAUUCAUUUUUCUACACAGCUCGUUUUAAUAAUACAAUAAAGUACUCAAUCCACCACAUUUCAAUGUAUGCAACUUAUUUCAUUAUUUUGGUUACUGGACAAAGUUCUUCGCACAAACAUUGGCCGUAUCCAUUCAGUCACCCUUGACCUAAUUGACGUCAUGGCGAAUGAGGAAGUCGAAUGAGGAAAUUGAUUUGCCCACGGAGAUUUGGGGCUCGUCAAGUCACUUGUAGACUUACGUAUAGUACGUGCAGGUCUAUAUUUCUGUCGAUCUUGGUGCUUGCUGAGAAGAGGAAAGUAUAUCCCAGUCAGAUCCCAGUGCUCGACCACAAAGAAAGUAUGGGUUGGAUCGGACUUUUGAUAGCCUGGCUCGGCCUAAGCACCUGUGUCGUCGGCACAACCCCGCCUCAGGACUGCUCGGACCUGUUCGCAACCGGGACCCGUCAGAGUGGCACAUACACGGUCGGUGAACAGAGUCCGUACCAGGUCUACUGUGACAUGAGCUUCCUAGGAGGCGGCUGGACCGUCCUCCAACGCCGACAGGACGGCUCCGUGGACUUCGCCAAGACAUGGGAGGAAUAUCAACAGGGGUUCGGCGAUCUGGACCGAGAGUUUUGGCUGGGGUUAGACAAGAUCCACACACUGACUAUUGCGAAGCGCAACAUUCUUCAGGUCGAGCUUGAAGACUUUGAUGGAGAAAGGAGGUUCGCGCGGUACAACACGUUCUUGGUCGGGGACGCGAGUGGUAAUUAUACGGUGUCCAUCUCUGGGCACACAGGGAAUGCAGGGGACAGUCUUACUAGCACAGGUAAUGACGGACGAGACAACAUAAACUUAAGAAUGUUUUCCACGAUAGAUAGGGACAAUGACAGAAACGGUGGGCAUUGUGCGUCUUUAUACAGCCAAGGCGGGUACCCAGUCAGUUGUGGACAGUCCUUCCUGAACGGAAAGUAUAACUGUCACCUCAGCUCGGUAUCCUGUGGCGAUUCGCAGGGUGUCGUCUGGUCGUCAUGGGGAGGUAGAAGUUACUUCUUGAAGAAAAUAACCAUCAUGAUCAGGCCUGCUGACUUCACAGGCUCAGGUUCGCCCCAAGACUGUGCUGACCUGUACCGAGACGGGAUCAUAGAAAGCGGAGUCAACGCUAUCAGCAGCCCUCGCGUCUUUGUCUACUGCGACAUGAGGAACUCAGGCGGCGGGUGGACCAUGAUCCAGCGCCGACAGGACGGGUCCGUGGACUUCGCCAAGAACUGGGCAGGCUACGAGCAAGGAUUUGGAAACCUCGAUGGGGAACACUGGCUGGGACUGAGCAAACAGAACCAAAUCACGGGACAGAAGACGUACACUUUGCGAGUCGAUUUAGGAGAUUGGGAAAAUCAGAGUAGGUACGCGACUUACAGCAGUUUCAGUGUUGGUGGCAGCAAUUCGGACUAUCGGGUCAGCAUCAGCGACUACUCGGGUGAUGCCGGAGACAGUCUCACAAGUGGGGGCAACCGUUUUGACAUAAACGGUAUACGUUUUUCGACCUCAGACAAUGACAAUAACCCAAAUACUCGCACAAAUUGUGCGAGUAGCUUUGGUGGAGGUGGAUGGUGGUUUCCGGACAGUUGUGGAUACGCAUUCGUAAACGGAAGGUACAACGACUCGGAUAGUGCAGAGGGUGUGAACUGGGAAAGAUGGAGAGGUUACACUUACUCCUUGAAGAUGACAUCUCUAAAACUAAGACCGGAUGACUUUGCAGUUUGCGCAGAGGGAACGUUUGGUCCGAAUUGCUCUGAAACAUGUCGCUGUCUGAGAGGAAACGCCUACUGCAAUCAUGUGACUGGGGCGUGCUUUGGCGGAUGUACUGAUGGAUGGGCGGGCAGCGACUGUCAAACAGUCCCUCCACAGUUUCUUCAGCCGACACCAGCAAAUGAAACGAGAAAAUUAGGGCGAGCCGUCACCUGGACAUGCAAGGCCACCGGAGAUCCCCUUCCUACCAUUACCUGGUGGCACGGCAGGGACAAGCUUACGGUGGCAAAUACAUCACAGACAGAGUCAGGAGUUCAGUACACUGAGAGCGUCUUCACCAUCAACGCCGUGAGCUUCGACGACAAUGGGACUUACAGCUGCGUGGCUGCUAAUAUCGGGGGAUUGGAGAUAGUAACGUUCUCGUUGACUGUCCAAGCAUGCACAUCCGGCGAGUUCGGGCCUGGCUGUUUUGGUACCUGUCACUGUGCGCAUGGAGGUUCCGUGUGUGACGUCACGACUGGAGUCUGCUCUAGUGGAUGGUGUGAGGCUGGGUGGGAGGGGAGCAACUGUCAGACAGCUUGUAUGCCCGGUGAGUUUGGACCCAACUGUACGUUCACCUGUCACUGUGCGAGUGGAGGUUCCGUGUGUAACGUCACUACUGGAGUUUGCUCAAGCGGUGGGUGUGAGCCCGGGUGGAAGGGAAGCGACUGUCAGACAGAACAAAAGACAGUUGGUUUACCAUUGGUAUACAUAGGGAUCAUCGCGGGUGCUGUAGCAGGUGUCAUUGCCAUAGCUGCAGCUGGAGCUGUGGUUUUCUAUUGCAGAAGAAAGAAUAACGUUCCCAAACAAAAGGACGUACCGCUGAAAGACAUCGGGGACCAGCCGGAGAAAGGUGGUACAAGAAACGAGGCAUUUGAUUCAGAAAAUACAUCUACAUCUGAACGUCUAUCAGACCUCACCACAGUUGCAGACGUACAAGCGUUUCUCAUUGACAAUGGCCUGCGAGAGUGUGCAAGAGCAUUCAGGGAGAACGACGUUGACGGAACGGCUCUGCGUCAUCUUGAUGACGCAAUGAUGAAGGACCUCGUUCCCAUGGUUGGACCCAGAGCAAGGCUGAAAGCUGUGCUACAGAAAUUGCAUGGAUCAACUGGACAAAAUCUACAGGUUUCGUUGGAGUCACCGAUCUCGACCCUCAACUUUUGGGAAAUCCCCCGGUCCAGUCUGAAGUUUGGCAGGCGGCUCGGUAGGGGGCAGUUCGGGGAGGUUCGCCUCGGAGAAAUCCGUAACCGAGGAGUUACAACCACUGUGGCUGUUAAGACAUUAAGAGACUCUGCAUCUGACAGUGACAAGAAAGACCUGCUGGGUGAGCUGGAGAUCCUGGUGACUGUGGGUCGUCAUGACAACAUCGUCUCCCUGGUUGGAGCUUGCACAAAAAACGAUCCACUCAGCAUUGUAGUUGAGUACGCCCCUAACGGAUGUCUGAGGGACUGGCUGAAGACCAACUCAGCUGAGGAGUACCAGAAUCAGCCUGCUCCAGCUUCUGAAGUUCCUAUUGAACAGCUCAUCCAGUUUGGCAUCGAUGUAGCAGCUGGAAUGAGCCAUCUAGCGGCUAUGCAGUGUGUUCACCGUGACCUCGCUGCAAGGAACAUCCUACUUGGGGAGAACAUGGUGGCCAAGGUUUCUGAUUUCGGAUUGUCCAGAGACAUCUAUGGAAGCGAAGAGUACGUAAAGACUGCAAAGGUACGACGUGUAAGGAUGUGCAAGAUAUAGA